AUGAAGGACGAUAACGAAGCAAGGAGCUUCACUACUGGUGCCAUGAUGACUGUCGGCUGGGCAUUCUUCACCUGGUACAACGUUGUCGCUUUCCCUAUCACUCAAGGGCCACGGUGGACCAAGGGCUUCUCGGCAAACGUCGCUCUCACCUGUUGUUAUCUUACUCUAUUCAUGGUUGGCCAAUUCCUCUGGAGACGAGAUAUUAAAGCUGGUCUGUAUAAGAGGGCCAUUGAGGAAGAGGAGAAUGAAGAGGCAGUCAAUGAGAAGCUUGGUGCAGAUACUUUAGAUGACAAGUCUACUGAGGUCCAUACUGGACUGGCACACAUCGAGGACAAGAACUCCGAGGGCGAGAGGAUUAAUGAGAUAACUUGA